CAAAGACAAGAACUAGUUCACUAUUGUCCAAGUACGAAAAAAGUAAAACACUGUUGUUCAAUUGCCUUAUCGUCUAAAACCCCUCAAAAGGCGAAAAAACUGAAAUCAUUAUUGCAGUCAUCGAAAAUGGCUCUUGUUCAAUCCAGAACUCUUCCACACCUCAACAUCCCGUUGUCGCCGGUUCUAUCCUCCAUUCAUGCUCCGUCGUCUCUCUUUCUCCGGAGAGAAAUCCCACCGGUAGCCUCGCCGUUCUCCUCCUCCACCGCCGGGAACUUUCCCAUCUCUCCGUUGACGCGCCCGCGGAAGCUUCUCUGUCCUCCUCCUCGCGGAAAGUUUGUUAGAGAAGAUUAUCUUGUGAAGAAAUUCUCAGCUCAAGAACUUCAAGAACUGGUGAAAGGAGACAGGGAGGUGCCCUUGAUUGUAGAUUUUUAUGCGACAUGGUGUGGACCUUGUAUCUUGAUGGCCCAGGAACUAGAAAUGCUCGCAGUAGAGUACGAGAGCAAUGCAGUAAUUGUGAAAGUCGAUACAGAUGACGAGUACGAGUUUGCACGCGACAUGCAGGUUCGGGGGUUACCAACAUUAUUGUUCAUCAGUCCUGACCCAAGCAAAGAUGCAAUAAGGACAGAAGGACUAAUUCCAUUACAGAUGAUGCGCGAUAUCAUUGACAACGAGAUGUGAAAGUCUUUUGUCUUGUUGCUUUUAUGAUUGAAUAGAAUUCGCCGUAAUUUAGGAUUGGUACUGAGUUAUAUUUUGCAUUUGAGAGAAAAAAUGUCAUCUGAGGUUAUCUUUUAAAGACAUUUUACAUGUAUGCAAUGUUAGUUAUGAGCCGUUGAUCUGAUCAGUUAGAAAUUUUGCCGCACA